AUGGAAGAAAUAGUGAUUCCAGACUUUGAUGACGACGACGGGAACGACUUUCAGCUCCCCAAUUUCCCCCGCAAUGGAUUCGGCAACGGCUCCAGUACCUCGCUGAACGAGUACGAAGGUGCAAACCACCGUCAUCGCCCCUCAGCAGACACCAUCCCCCGGUUCGGCGGCCCCAGCACCACUCCCAAUCGCCCCACUGCUCACCGGGCACCCGCAUCGCAUACCGUCGGCGUUCCCACUCAGAGCUACGGACAGGAUGUGCCUGCUCCAAGCAGCCGAGGAAGAGUCGGGCAGUUCUCAAACGGCUCGCAAUCCUCCAUCGUCACUGCCGGUACCUCUAUCGGCUCUACCCCUGGCUUCCUCGCGAGCCGAAAGGGAUCUCUAGCGAGCAUCAAGAAUGCCUUCAACCGCAGUGGCCCCUCGGCGGUCCCUCCUGUCCCUACACUCGACGCCAAUGCGUACCCAACCCUACGCAACCCGUUCUCGCGGUUCGAGGGGUCGGCUUCGCCCGCUGGUGGCAUGCACGGGCAGUCUCCUCGAGCUGGCCGAGGCGGAUCAUCGGGUUCCCCGGGACCUAGCCACGCGUAUGGGCGAAAUCAGUCUAUUGCGACCAAUCACUCGUCGCAUCGUUCACAAGGUGGUCGGUCAUUCACCUCGCAGGGCUCGAGCAAUUUCAGGGCGGAGGAUCACCCCAUGCCGAGUUUACCGCCUAUCCCGACGAGGUCGACCCCGUCCCGGCUAGGAAAGGCGGGAAGUGGAUCAGGGAGCUCAUUACACUUUGGGGGAGGAUUCAGGCGGCAUGGGAGUAUCGGCGGGGAUGAGCCCGUAGAUGGAAAGACGCCGGGAGAGGAGGCGUUACGGGUGGUGUUCAAGGACUUCAAGGAGGUUGCGGAUGCUAAGAUUGGAAGGAUAUGCGGGCGUCCUCUGAAUACCCAACCCUCACUUCCCGCCUACCUAGAAUCCUCGUCAGAUACCCAACUCGACACGCUCAUCGGCUCCCUAGCCCACUGUUCCCGACGGCAUCCACGGCGGGUCGUAGACAUCCUUCAUGCCUGGUGUCGGUCGCACUGCGAAGGGAUCGGAGCGUCUGAGGUCAGGGCCCAGAUUGAUCGGUCGCACGGCCUGCAGAUGCGGGUAGAGGACGCCGCGGCUAUUCUGGGUGGGCGGAAAUCGGCAGCUGCCAAGUAUAUCUUGAACCGGGCGUUGAUUGAGCUGGUCAGGAUCACGCCGAAGGAGAUUAUGGGCGAGGAGCUGGGCAUGACGCUGGAGGGAAAUGCUUUUGCGGCGUACAGGAACGAUAAGGGGGAUGAGUUGUCGCCGCAUAAGAAGGCGGUGGCGGUGCUGCAGGUGGAGCUGUUGGGGGAGCUGUCCAAGACAAGAUUCCUCACCAUCUCGGACCGCUUCAUCCGCGAGAUGAGCAAGUACGCCGCUCUCCCUUCCACGAAAGAUACCGAUAUACGGAUGGAGCACCUUUUGCGGGGCAUGCGACACCUCAAAAUCCGAGUCUAUCCGGAGGACGAGCUGGAGAUGUCAUCCGAAUUCAUCCAGGCUCUCGCGUCCCUCUACGCCAGCCCGCACGUCACCAGCCAAGGGCUCAAGAACGCCUAUGCCGAUACACUCGUCCACCUGCUCCACCCCGUCAUCGAGACGGCUACGGCGGAGGUCAAUCACCCGAUGUGGUCCAAGGCGAUCGCCCUCAUCCUUCAGAAGGCACUGGCGGCGGCGUCAAAACCCAAGUACUGGGCGGCUAGCUUCCCGCUGGUCGUGGUGGCGCUAGGGGUGUCGCCUAGGGAUGUCUUUAUGCAGCAAUGGCAGGGAUGUAUGGACGCUAUCUUGCCAAAACUCAGAGACCGUUCUCAGCGGGUCAUCGCACUCAACUCGUUCAAUCGUCUACUCUGGAUCUACCUGAACCGGUGCUCCGAGUCCGUCACUUCCACCCGCAAACGUCUCGACCAACUCACCAAAGUCUUCUUUUCCACAAACGGCGCCCUCUUUCCCUCCGACAUACCUCCCGACGUAUUCACCUGGAUGCUCCACUACAUCAUCACCCGCCAACUCGACUAUGGCGAGGAGUUCCUCAAGGACUUUCUCCGCGGGAUGGACGGGUCGGUGUCGGAUCCUGCACUCGCUACUCGCGCGGCGUGCCUCAUGCGCGCCAUCUCGGCGACAUUGCUCGCAAGUGAGGAGGAACGGCAUGCUGCCUGGCCCGUCUCUGCCGACUUUUCCAAGCUGCCAGAAGAGGGUCCGGCUAUGUCGGGGGAUACACUCCCAGAGGAGGUGGCGAAUAAAGAUGAGAUACCAGAGUUGUUGGCGAGGUGCGGGCCGGCGGUAGCGUCAUUGCUGUUCAACUGCGAUCGGGCGGCGGGGACGAUACUGCUGUCGAGCGAUGCAGUGACGGUAACCGGGACGGCCUCGAGUAGCGCCAUCGACAAUGCCGAGGUCGUCACUCGGAAGCACGGCGAUGUUCAUGCGUCGUACGCAACUCGGCAUGAACCGGUCAUGCGUCUAAUCACUGCCGUCCUGGAGAGCAUCCCCCGCACUCUCGCUCCGGACGCCGGUUUUCCGCCUAUCGCCAACGCCCUUUGCCGGGGAACCUUCUCGGCCGAUCCUCGCGUCUGCGAGACUGCCGCGGCGGCCAUGAAGCGGGUCGCCUCUGAUCCUACACGAUGCCUCUUCCUCGUCAAUACGUACCGGGAGUUCAUCUUUGAAACUCGCCAUAUCUUCCGGGAUACCUUCAUUGGCUCCCGCUUGCUGGAGUCGCAAUUUGAGCGGGUCGUCGGGAUCUGGCUGGAUCUACUCCAGCAGCUUGUCCAGCAUCAGCGGUAUGCCGGAGCACAGCCGGACGAGGGAACGCCUAGACCACCCACGAUCGGGCCGACCGCGAUGGCCAAGAUCGAGGGGUGCGGGCUGUUCCUCCUCUGCUCAACGGCGCUUCCGCUUCGGAAGCUCGCGGGCCAUGUCUUGGCAGCCGCUCGGGAUCUCGAGGGUACUCAGCGUCGUCCCUCGGCGGCAUUCCGUUACUCCCGCCUCAUACCUGACCAGGCGGCGCUCUCGCGGGUCAUCCAGAUCUACGAGAUCGUCCCGGACGAGGCGGAGCUAGCGAACAUGCGGCGCCUUCCAUGGCUCUCUGGAGUCGAUAGGCAGCGGUUUGACGUGGUGGCCAAAGAGAAGGGCAAAAUCCUGCAGCGUCUCGCCGAGAGCGAGGUAGGCAAGGAUACGACACUAUGGCUGUCCAUCCUGCCCUACUUUGUCAGCCGAGUGGUCGAGCAGCUGCCGGGUCCGGUGAACGAGCUGCGAUCUGUCCUGAUCCCGAUCGCUAUGCGGCUGCAGGUGCACGUCGCGGCGGUGGCGAAUGUGGGCUCGGCCCGGGCGGCGGCUACAACCAAGGGCGGCGGGGGAGGUACGACGCAUCGGUCCUCCUCGGACGUCGCUAUCCUCGCGGAUCAUUGGCGGACCUACCUCUCCGUCCUAUGCGUCACCAUGCCCUCGCCCGCCUCCCAGCCCGCUACUCCCUCUAUACCACGCACCAAGGACGUCAUCAUCCUCACCCCGGAUACGAUCAGUACGCCCGUCCUGUUCCAUUACCUCACCUCCCUCCUCGCAUGGGAAGACUCGCGGUAUCGCGAUGCCGCAGUGUACGCUAUGGGUUGUACCGGUCAAUCACACCUCCGAGCCUUGUCCGAGAUCCUCCUAGGCGUCGUCCGUCGACUGGCAGAUACCAAAAAGACGGCCAGUCAAAACUCACUCUGGACGGCCGUAGCGCACGUCUUUCGGCUCAUCUCCCCCCUCAUCCUCGACGUCAAAUCCAACUCGCAUCUCGCCAAUCUAUCAUCCAUGGUCUCGUUCGUCCGCGUCACGUACAAUAUGCUGGCGGAUCAAGCUGUCCGUGAGGACUAUGAGCUCCAGUCUCUACGGCGCUCGUUUUGUAUCGUCGUCGAAAAUCUUACGGCGGCGCUAGGCAAGCUGGACGCGAGUGAUCGGUUCUUUGGGGAAGAGCUGAGAGGGGCGAUCUUCAAGCUGUGCUAUGAGUGGUGUCAUGUAGGGAGGAGACCGGAUGUGGCCAAGGCGAGGGAAUCGCAUACGCUCCAGGUGGCGUCGGAUUCGUACAAGGGGGAGAGGGAUAGGGCGCAGUAUUUGGACGAUCUGCAGGCCAAGACAAAAUUGUUGUCGGCGGCUGCGGCGGAGGCUAUGGCGGGCUUAUGUCAAGGAACGCUAGUCACCUCGACGGAGUCAACGCCGGCUGUUCAGGCGUCAAGCCAUAUUGUCGACCCUCUGAUUGUGCUGCGGUGGAUCAGGGGCAUGUUUACCUCCACCGCGAGUCAUCACCACGAGACUGCCCGGAAAGCGCUACACUCCCUCAUUAAGCACAACUGGAACUGCUCCCGUCUGCUCGACGAGGUCCUCCACCAGUCAUUUGGGGAGGGCGAACAAUUCAGCCUCGAAUCUUCCUUCUUUGGCGUCGUCGCCGAGAUCCUUGUCGAGCAGACCCUCGACAUCCCCGUCGAACAGCUUUGCUGUCUCGCCCUCUCCAAGCUCGGUCAUCCCGUCGCUGACGUCCGUCUCCGGGCGUUCCAGCUCGUGGGCUUCUUGCUCCCUGACGCCGAGAUGCGGGUCGGUAUAGCCCCUAUGCUGCCUUCUAUCGGGAGCACCUCACCCAGCGUCUACCGAGCGGCGCAGAAAGAGGUGUCGCAUGUCCUAGCGGGAAUCUACGCGGACCACGCCCUCGCCUUCCUCGCUGAGAGCGUGGGCCGACUGAGCCAGCUCGAAGCUCCUCGGCGGACCGCUACGCUCAGCGUCAUCCCCGCUUGGAUGCAGUACGUCGAGCUCUCCCUCGAUCCUGGCGCCCUCCCUCCCGAUCAGGCGGACCUCGAGCAGCACGCCCUCGCAAACAUCAUGUACCUCGCCAUCCGGUUCCUGAACGACCACCUUACCGAGGUAUGCGACGUCCUUGCCGCAUUCGCCUCGGCGGAAGAUACGGCCAAUACCACCGCGCUCGUCAAGUACCUGUUCGAGCAGGGUGCCCGGCGCCGCAGCGCCGAGUUUGUGCUAUACGGCCAGCGGGUCCUAGCGUGCCUGUCACUCGGAUCGGCAGGCGAGGAGAUAUUCAACGAUAUCUGCGACUUUGUCCAGCCGGAUUAUAUGGCCCUCGCGUCGGAUCCGGAUGUCGCUCCGAGCCCGCAGAGCUCGCUGGCGGAUCUUGACGCGAUCGUCUCGGUCCCAGCUGGGAAGGGACAGAGCUUCUCUACCGGGCAGCUCGCCCUUCUUUUCGCUGGCGAGCUCCUCCCCCAUCGGCUCAAUGACACGGGGCUCUCGGUCCACCUUCCCACUCUGCUGCACGUCGCAGUAGCGCACUGCGACUCGCCGGUCGCUAUGAUCCGAGAUCAGAGCCAAGGGAUCCUCUUCCAGAUCCUCCGGGUCUGGAUAUGCGACCUCUCCGGCGUGCCCUCCAACAACGCUGCGGUGUGGGCGAUGGCCGAGCACAAGCUCACUGCUCUUUCAGCGAGCCGGUCGACGGCAUUCUGGAAGGCCGACGAUGUAGGGGGAGCGGACACGGCCUUCUUCGCUCCUCCACUCAUGACGACUAUGAUCAUGAAGAUCCUUGGGGUUCUCUUACCACUCCAACCGCGGAUCCGUCAGACGUGGGGCGAGCUCGCCCUGACAUGGGCGACAUCCUGCCCCAUUCGACACCUCGCGUGCCGGUCUUUCCAGGUCUUCCGGACACUCUCGCCCCGCGUCAAUGCGCGGAUAAUUUCGGACAUCCUCGCUCGGCUGUCUAGCACCAUCGGGACCGCCUCGCCCGAGAUCCAGGCGUUCAAUCUGGAGGUCUUGCGGACUUUCGGAGCCAUCGCGCAGAACCUAGGCGGGGCGGAUACGGCGCUCUACCCCCAGUUGUUCUGGUGUGCUAUGGCAUGCCUGACGACGCCGUACGAGGAGGAAUGGGUCGAAGUGACCGAGCUGCUCUCGCAUAUCCUCGACAAGACGAAUCUGUCGGAUCCGGCGGUGAUCAAGAACCUACUAUCGUUCCAGCCGCCGGACUGGGUCGGUCCGCCCCCUCGUCUCCAGGCGUUACUGCUCGUCGGUCUCCGAUCGACCAAGACGGUCUUUAUGGCGUUUGACCUCAUCCGGCGCCUGACCAGCGUGGUCGGCUCGGAACUCAUCGACGCGCCGGCCGAUCGGCUUAUCCAUGGCUUUGUGGCGGCCUUGCCGUGGAUGCUGCACUCUACGGAUCUGGGCGAGCCAAAUGAAGAUCUAGGAAUGAUGGCUGCGGACUUGGCGGCCAUCGCGGAUGCCCAGUCCCUCCCUUCCUUUUCUCGCCUCCUCACGUCGUUCGCGCGCGCCAAGUUCCGGUCAAAAGACGAUUUCAUCCGCCAGGCCUGCUCUCUCCUUCGGGACUACAUGUCCAGCCACGCCCUCCAGAUCAUCACCCUCCUCUCCGGCUUCAUCCUCAACACUACCGACUGGAUGCGGGACAAAUCGCUCCAGAUCCUCCAACUCGUCCUUCUGUCCCCCGAAUCCCGCGCCCCGCUCGUCCAGCACGGAACGGAACUGCUGCAGCCACUCCUCCGCCUUGUCUCCACUCCGCACGCAGCGACCGCGCUCGAGAUCCUCGAUAUGCCCAUCGUGGCCGCCGCGCAGGCCGAGGCGCUGACGGUGUCCAUGAUGGCGUCCGGCGAGAUCUUUGGGUCUAUCUCGCCCUCGGGAUGGAGCGUCGCGAGAGGCAAGGAAAUGUCGGCGUUGACAAGGGAGAAUGUAAAGGCGGUGUUUGGGACGUGUGGGGAGCAGACGAGGGCGGCUUCUGCGCACUUUUCGGUGGUGCAGUUCAAGGAUGUACGGUUUGGGAAGGGAAACGAAAGUCAGGGGAGCUUGAACUUUGAUUUACCGGCCUUUUCGCCGGUUUUGGGGCAGGCGUCUGGGCCUGGCUCUGGGUCGGGAUCGGCCUCGGGGCCAGGAGGGGUAGAUGUAGGGAUGGGGAGAGCGCAGGGACGAGAAGGAGAAGGAGACGGAGGAGCAGAGACGGGGACGGGGACGGGGAUGUCGGGUGAUGAUGCCUCGAUGGGGGACCUGGUCAAUGCUCUGCACUCGCUUGGGCAGUUCUUUGGGGAAGAUCUGGUCGAGGGGGAAGAAGAGAGUCCGAGGGGCGGGACAAGGAAUGCGAGACAUGCCGUCAAGCCUUCCGACACAUUCUCGGAGGAUAGAGUACGGGCAAUCAUGGCUCGCGGGAGGAACCCAUCCAUCUCUUCACCGGUAUACGAGACCCAGCCCUUUAUCAAUCGGACAAGACACCGCGCCAACCCUUCUGACGCAUUCACAGAGUCGAGCCUCGCGUCCUCGACUGACGGAAUGGAGGCCACUACCCGCGUACAUAUCCCCCGGUCGAAUGGGCAUAGCAAUAUCGGCCCGAACGGCCGCGCAUACGCCAAUGGCGGACACGGCCAACGAUACGGAUAUGGAUAUGGUUUUGCCCAGUCGGGAUCUGAAUCUAAACACUCGGCCAACCCGUCGUUUUCGUCGGCUUCGGCCUCGUCGGAUCUGGCUGAUCCAGAGCAUGAUCAUGAUCACGAUCAGACGGAGAAUGUUUUUGGGCUGGAUGAGGGGAUGAUGAGUGCGAGUAUGACGUCUUUGGCGAUGAGCGGGUCUGGGACCGCAGCGGGAGCUGGUGCCGGAGCUGGGGGUGCACCCGGGGGUAGAAAUGGGAAUGGGACCGGGGGCGGAGCCGAUGGCGAGUGGGUGAGACAGGAGAAGGAGGAUAGUGGGGAGGAAGAAGACGAGGGGUAUGCGGGGUUAAGCGAGCAGAGUACGCCAGUACUGAUGCGCUCGGCGGGGUGGUAUGCUGCUCAGAGGGAAGAGGCGGGAACGCCUAGUCCGAGUGAUCGUAGGAAUGUGGGCAUGUAA